GGUGUCGACUGAGUACUAUCAUGCUAUACUGCUAGAUGCUGUACACGUCAUGCGCACGUGUGCACAUGAUUCUCUCAUUCAAACAGAGUUGGUUGCACCUUGAUUUCAAUGUUGAUGGAAUGUCUUCACUUUUAAUUAUUUUGGUUCUUUGAAAUCAUUACGUGUGUGGAAGAACAAUCAUAUUGUGCUGGAUGUGCUAGAUCUGCUGUGGCGGAUUCGGUGAGGUCUAUGAGGCACUGAGCGUUGGGAUUUCGUAAUGGCGGAGUCUCACAUGAAAACCAGGGCAUAUCAAUAUGGCAAGGACUUCAAAAUUGACACUUUCCUGACCAAUUUGCAAGCAUAUCGUCUAGCUGCUGGUGAAGUCAAUCCUGGAGACUACGCAUCGGCUCGGCAGAAACAUGGUCAGGACGAUGGUGCUGUGUUUGGCGAGAUCAUCAGUGCAUCGGCGACAGCAGCAGUGGGUAGUAAGGGAACUACAACACACAGUGAUACGUCUACUGCGUCAGCACGAUCAGCUCAAUCCGUAGCCUCUGGCUAUGCAGCUGCUACGCUCCACCCAGCACAAGCUGCAGGAGAUUCCCGUCCUGCUAAACGCAAGCGAAAACGCCGGAAGCGUAAGAGUGGCGAUGCGGAAGUUUCGUACUCGGUACCUUCAGCUCGGCCGAAAAAGCAAAAGCCUGAUUUUUCUGCAUCACUGGUGUCGAGUGCGUAUGCAUCAUCAUCUUCAGAUUCAGACAGCUCACACGAGGUGUUCGACUUGCCUGACAAUCUGUUGCCACAAUCAGUUGUCAAGCAGCCAGAGGGAGAUGACGCUGCGACAACAAAAGCAGACUGUCAGCAAGAGAAAGAAGAGGAGGCCAGAGAUUACUUCAAUCUGGACUCGUCUUCUGACAAUGAGGAUGAUGGUGCACCGUACUCGACUGCUUCUUCAGCACAUCUUGAUUCCAACUUUGCGGAUAACGCGUGCGCAGUGACUGGGGCUGCUCUCACAGACACUGCCGUCUCUCUGACCCAAGACCAAUUGGCCGACGGUCAGCGCUGUCUAACCCUACCCGAGGACAAGGACAGACAGUGGAGCUACAGUAAGCAUAAGUGGUCGCAGGCGGGCAGCAGCCUCUCCACCUACAAGUGUUGGAAGUGCAAUCGUGUGGGCCACCUUCCCCAAGACUGCGUGUCCACGUGCAACAUCCCAUCAGCUCAUCCUUCAAUGCCAGGUGUCUUCACACAGGAGAAGAAAGAGGGUCAACAGAUCUACUCCAAGCUACUCCGAGAUUACUACGGACGGUGCCGCCAACUACAGCGGAAAGGCAACUUGUCAUGUGCCGAAUGCGGUGCUUGCAGUAACCUGGCUAACUGCCUAGACUGUGGAAUGACUUUCUGCGAUGGCCGUGGUCACCUGGCAUCUCAUCUCCUACAGUACACGUCACAUCGCAAGCUCUACUCCGGCAAGCUGAAGAGACAGGUGAAGUGCUGCAAACCGACAUGUGAAGUGAUGGACGUCAGUGAGCUCUACUGUUGUUCGGCAUGCUGGGCGAAAGUAUUCGAUCGCCACUACUCCAUGAUCAACGCCACUUGGUCCAGCAAAGGGCUGAGUGCGAUCGUGAAUGGUCUAUGCUGCGAGGAGCACUUCCACUGGCAUCGCAUGAACUGUGAAACGUCCACAUCGGAACAGCCGUUCUCAAUGUCUUCGCUCCGCGAACAUGCACACCCAGCAGGUACCAUCAGUGAGUUUCUGUUCUGAGCUGGCCGAGUGUGCGGUACUGUGUGGUGUUGGGUUUGUCAGUGAUCUACCCGCGGUGGCAUGUCUUCCUUCAAACAGUCUCCUUUCCAGAUCAACUGCUUUCACGUCUAUUCCGGCUGACAUCGUACUGUGGCGGAGACGCAGCGUAACUGCAACACAUGUCGUUAGCAGUGUGGUAUGAAGACCAUUCUUUAUUUGCUUUCGAAAUACGCAUUUGCGUUGCUGUGAGCAGCUUGCUCUCCCACUUCCCUUCAGCUGUACAUCACCAUUGCUACACACCAAUGCAUAGCGCAGUGGCAUAAUAUUUCAAGUUCCUCUCCGUCAUGCAACAUCCCUCCAUUAUCAUAAUAAUAUUAUUCUAGAUUCUUCUUUAAAAUUCUACGGUUUAUGCAUCAGAGCACAGCUUGGCAUCCGUUUGGCUUGGAAAUGCAGUUCGCAUUGCCUUUUAUUUCUUAGUAGCGUAAAACCCAAUUGAGCAGGCAUGAAAGUGAUUUAAAAAGUGCCGCACACGCAAUUAGCGCCGUAUGAGCUGCCGCAAGGCACAGCGGUAGAACUGAACAGGCUUUGACGCUAUCAACAAAACUAACUGGAACAGUAAUUUGUACUACCGUACUCAAUGUGACAAGCUUUGCACAGCUGACAGCAUACAUGUUUUCUCUCCACCAAUUGCUAGUACUAAACGCAAACUAAAUUGCCUUGA